GUAAUUUUCACAUUUUUCCAUCUUUUUAAAAUACUAGUUUCAAGUUAAUUUCAAUACAUAAGCAAACCAAAAAAUAAAUUAAGAUGCUUUCCAGGGCAGCAAUUCUUUCAGGACAGGCCUCAAAAUCCCUAGUAGCAAAUUGCUUGAGAGCUACAAGCACUUCGACUGCCAAUACUCAAGUAGCCAAAACUGAUGAAAAAUCCGGCGAAGUGGCUUUUUCCAGACCUGUACGACAGGAACCAGGAAAAGUACGCAUGGGAUUCAUUCCUGACGAAUGGUUUCAAUUUUUCUACAAAAAAACUGGUGUCACAGGACCUUACACUUUCGCAGUCACCUUGUCUACGUACCUGGUUAGCAAAGAAAUUUAUGUUUUGGAACAUGAAUAUUACAGUGGACUUUCCCUUUUGAUUAUGUGGGCAUAUGGUAUCAAGACCCUUGGUCCAAAAUUGGCUGCAUAUCUUGAUAAGGAAAUUGAGGCAUAUGAAAACGCAUGGAAUGAAAGUCGUGUAAACCAAAAACAAACUUUGACUGAGCAAAUAUCAGACGAAGAAAAAGCCCAGAAAAGCAUGGAAGGCCAAACUUUAUUGGUUGAAGCUAAACGUGAAAAUGUAGCUCUUCAAUUAGAGGCCAAUUACAGAGAACGUCUAAUCAGUGCAUACUCUGAAGUCAAAAAACGUUUGGACUACCAAGUAGAGAAACAAAACAUCGAACGCAGAAUUACCCAGAAGAAUCUUGUUGAUUAUGUUGUAGCUAAAGUAAGAUCCUCAAUUACAGCUGAUCAAGAAAAACAAAAUAUUAACAAGUGUAUCAGCGAUUUAGCAGGAUUAGCUAAAGCAUAAGGUUACAUUUAAUAAAUGUUUAAGUAUGUAUGUACAGUCUAUAAGUAAGCCCAAAGUGUAGACGAACAUUUUUAAUUUCUUUUCUUUUUAUUCUUACACAGUACAUUAUACGUUGAAAUAUAAUAAAUUAUUAUAAGACGA